GGUGCACAUGGGUACAUAGAUUAGAGCAAUCCCCAUCCUAUAUAUAAAUAUCCCUCUUCUUCAAUAUCCAUUACAAGUUACAAAAACACAAAAUUAGAUACAUAAAAAUGAAGAUGACAUUGGUAACAUUGGUCCUUGUGUUUGCCUUGAUCACAAAGGCACUAGCUGGUCCUGCAUCCGAGCCAGUGCUGGACGCAUUGGGGAAGAAAGUUCGAGCUGAUUCGAUUUACUACAUCGUUCCGGCUUCCUCCGAUAUCGGUGGCCUUGCUUCGGCAAGAACCGAUGUAGAUUGUCCACUUGAUGUUGUAGCUGUUGAUGGUGACUUAGGUCUGCCUUUGAGCUUCACACCUGUUAAUGAUAAGAAAGGUAUUAUUCGUGUUUCCACUGAUCUCAACAUAUACUUCACCAGCUACACAAUAUUCUGUCCACAGACCACAGUGUGGAAGCUUAAGGACUAUGAUGAUUCAACAUCACAGUGGUUUGUGACCACUGGUGGUGAAUUGGGCCACCCCAGUUCGCAAACCGUGGCGAAUUGGUUCAAGAUUGAGAAGUACGAGGAUGCUUACAAGUUGGUGUAUUGUCCAAGUGUGUGCAGUGAUUGUAAUCAUCAAUGCAGUGAUAUUGGAAUAUACCAGGAUCAAUAUGGUAAGCGUCUUGCUCUAAGUUCUGAGCCAUACAAAGUGCAGUUUGAGCGAUGUUGGGCAUGUGAAUGAGAACAAGCGUCUUGUGUUCUCACUUCUCAUUAAUGGAGCCUAAGUUUUAAAUAUCCUAUGAAUGUGCAAUUCUCCCCUUGCAGUUGCAGUAGUAUAGUAUUUCCCUUGAAAUAUUAAAGCAAAUCAUAAUGUGGCAAUUUCAAUAAAUGUUUUAGUUACAUAGAGGAUCAUAUCACGUUUUAUUCUUAGAAUUCACAAGGAAUCAAUGUUUUAAAUAUCGGUCGCGGUCGUGUUGUCAUUUGGUCAUUUGGUCACAUUAGUUGAUACAGUGAGAAAUCAAAUUUUGUCACAUUUGUUU